AACAGUUGCCUCUUUUAAGACGAGCUUCAGCGUUGCAGCCACAGCCCAACGUCCUAAUUUGCUGGGUGCCUCGGUUCCCACCCCUUCAAUCACCACGGCUGGUCCAUCCUAUAGCAAAAUCAAAGCGGACGUCGCUUUCCUGGUGGACGAGUCCUCAAGCAUCGGGGCAAACAACUUUAUCAAAAUGAAGGAUUUCCUCGUCCAGCUGGUCUCUAAUUUCCCUCAAAUUGGGCCUGAAGGUACCCAGGUUUCAGUAGUUCAGUACAGCGAAAAACCCAGGCCCGCAUUCCAUUUGAACACCUUUACAGACCGGAUCCGAGUUCUAAAUGCUCUCAGGAGCCUUGUCUAUAACGGCGGGAAUACAAAGACAGGCAGAGGAAUUGCUUAUGUGCUGAAAGAAAUAUUUCAAGUCGCCAAGGGAAUGAGGCCUGCUGUCCCACACAUCCUGAUCCUGCUGACAGAUGGCCCCUCCCUGGAUGACGUGCUACCCCCAUCUAGACUGGCUCACCUUCUAGGAAUUCAGAUAAUCGUUGUGGGCAUCUCAGGAGCAAAUGUGGAGGAAUUGAAGCAGGUUCUCCUGCCUCAGAACUUGGACCAUCUCUUCCAUGUUGACACUUUUGAUGAUUUGACCCAAAUCAUCGAGGAACUGGUGGAAAUCAUUUGUUUGGGAUCUCGGCAAGGGAACAGAGAUCUCCCAGAACAUUUGAAGUUUGCCAGCAAAGCACUGGGGCCACCAGAACGGCUGUUUGAUGAGCCGAUGAGGCCAGCCACCAGCAGUUCCCCUCCUACUCACCUGGCAGCGUUCGCCACGCAAGGACCUUGUGACCCCAAAUGUUUGGAGAGCUUUGUGAGAGGAAGCUUACACAGAGGAGGAAGCUACAACCCGUUUGCCUUCACCACCAAGGGGGAAAAAGGAGAACGGGGAUUUCCAGGAAAAGAUGGGAUCCCGGGAUUACCUGGCAGACAUGGACGAGCGGGCCCACCAGGGUCUCCUGGAUUAAGAGGACUCCCAGGCACACAAGGAGAUCAAGGACUUCCUGGAUUCCCAGGUCCACCUGGGCCUAAAGGAGACAGAGCCCCCCUGGCCUACCUGGUCUACCUGGACCACAGGGACCACCUGGCUGGUCGGGUGAAGCAGGGGACUCCGGCCUCAGAGGGAAACCUGGCUUACCUGGUCCAAUCGGACUGGAUGGUCCCCCUGGAUUUCCGGGAUCCAAAGGCGAGAAGGGAGAAAUUGGGCUGGUGGGUCCUCCAGGAUCAAAAGGCCCCCAAGGGGAGCGAGGAGAAAAAGGUGAAAAGGGAAAUCCCGGAUUUGGGAUCCCAGGCCAACUGGGACUGA